UUUUUUUUUUGUUUUUUUUUUAAAGAAGCUUAUGUAUUCUGACAUAAAACACUUUGCUCCUGUAAGAUUACUACAUUUUUAAGGUUAUUACUGGUUAUCUAUUAGGUACAGGAUAAGACACAUGAAAGACAGGUUACAAUCAACAAAAUGCUCCAAUUUUUGUAUUCUCAAGUCCAAUCAUGUCCCUGACUAAGGGCCUUGCAGCAUGGGAGAACACAAAGAUAAUGUCCAGUGUCUCUUAGGGAACAGAAAUAAAUGACCACUGUUCUAAAGUCCCUAUGGCUUGAACUCAGGGGUUGUGCUGCUGAGGCAGGAGGAAGUCCAGCAGCUGGGAAUGUUGACCUUUACAUGACUGAAUGUUUUUCUGGAAGCCUGGAGCAGGAAACAGCUGAAGAGGGUUGGUAGAACACAAUAUCAGGGAGGGAAAUAUUGUAGGACAGAAGGCCUCUGUUGCCAAUUUCCUUUCCAAGUCUCUGGACACAGCCAUGUGCUGGCAGUCCUGCUUCUGUCCCUGUCCUGGCAACCAAGGCUGGGUGGUGACAAGGUCACCUCUCUUCUCCCUGGGCCUCGAUUUCUCCAAGGCCAUGGAUGUCUGACCAGGUGAGCAGGUGACCCUUUAAACCUGCUGAUGAUACAACACAUGCACACCUCCUCCCUCAGUCCAUCCAUCAGCCAGGCCCUGCCAUUGCCCACUCGGUUGGAGAUCCUCAUAUGUGGGACUGGUCCAGCUGUGACUCAGACCCAGCUGGAUUUUACCCCAAAAGAGCCAGGCAUUGGUUUCAAGCCCUGGGAAUCAUUUGUUAAAUUCAGGGCCAGCCUGAGAGUUCCCCCAUCAGCGUUGGGUUUUUAGGUUAAGUUGCCCAAGUUCUGCUUCCCUUUUGCUUACUUGUUUUCCCUCUCUGGUUACAGUUCUAGAAUGUUCCACUGCUGAGUGUAUCUAUUGUUGCUUCCCCUUUGUUUGGGGUCUCUGGAUCCUGCCCCUCCUAUUGUGCAGGGCUUUUCCCUCUUUGCAGUUUCUCAGCCUUUAUAAAGUUCUUUCAGGCAGCUCCAUGGGACCUGCUCCUUUUCAUUUUCACCAAACUCACCUGAAGUCAGGGAACCAGAGAGGUUUGGCACAGCCACCCUCACUGUGACACCUACAGAAAAGCCUCUAAAAAUACUUUAAGUAUUUUAUUAUUGUUCAGACAUCCUUUAGGAGCCAAUUCCCCUUUCUUUUUGUAUUAAAAAUACCAUGCACAUCUCUUGCUAUGAGCAUGAAGGGAACAUCAAACCAAAACAAUACAUGCAGUGAAACAAGAAACUACAGUAAUCAAGAAUAAGUCAGAUAAUACAUAUAAUUAAUAACAUAUGUGAAAUUGGAUGAUUAUCAGUGUGUUAAACACUGCACCAUCACCCAGAGGCUGCAGCAGCUGCCAAACCUCAUUUCAGUGAGGACCUGGAGAGCCAUUCCCAGGAAAGGUGUCCAAGCUCACUCUAAAAACUGAUCCAGCUGUCAUAUCAUUAGAGGGUCAAAUUGCCAAGUCCAAGAGACUGGAAUAGAGCUCUGAGGCAGAAAACAUCUGGGUUUGUUGGCACUUUUCCAGCCAGGUAGAGCCAGGGCCUGGCCAGAGCCCAGACCCUCAUUGGGAGGGUCUCCCUCACAUACCUUAAAAACAAAUCUCUCAAUAACAGCAGCUCUGAGAUGCCCCAAACACAGCAAACUGCUGGAGUGCUCCUGUGAGAGUACCUGGGGCUGUGUCUGAUCCCCACAGAGCAGAAGCUGCCUUGCCCUCAGCAGGGCACAGCCCUGUCCCAUGAGGAUGUGUCACAAGAGGGUCAGGAAAGACCACAGGACCUCAGCUCAGAUGAGGCUUUUGACAGAGCCCAGAGAUCUCAUCCUGGAGCUCUGAAAACACAGGAAAAUCAUGGGACAGCCCUGGGUCAAGGCACAGCAGCCCUGCUGGAACAAGAGAAGGGACCAAAGGCUGAGCAGGCAGUGCAGGGAACAGCUGCAGACAGCCUGGUCAGAGAGAUGCACCUGCAGCUGGGGAACAGAGCAGAGAGAUCCCAAAGGGACACGUGUCUGUAGAUAGUGACACAAAGAUCUGUCAAAGUUCAUGGAAAGCCAGGUAUCAAUAAGGUAAUGAUACCUUAUGGAUAAUGCCUGUUAUAAAAAUGAGUGAACUCACAUGGUGGAAGCAAUAGAUCAGCAGUGACUGUCUCAGGAAUUGGAGACAAUAUUCUUCCAGCAUUCCUGUAUCCAUACCAGUGAAACACUGAACAGCUGACAGUGGAUAACAGCCAUAAUGCAGAACAACCCCCCACUCUGCUGUGUUAUCUCUGGAAGAUAAACCAAAAGAGAUGACAAUGAAUGAUCCUGUCAGGGAGUGCAGCCCUGACACCUGUGCAAUGUGUGAGAGGAUCAAGGGCCCAACAAACUGUAUCUGCUUCUAUCCAAAAGCAGGUGUUUAUCAGUGUUUCAUCACUGCUGUUUCAGUCAGAUCUGGCUUAUCUCUAGAAGAAAAUUACCAUAUCUUGCAGUGUAGACAAACAUUUUUAAACAAAAUUAACUUGUGACUUCAAAUUAGUUGCAGUGGAAUUCAAUGUCACCUCAGCAGCAUCAGGGGUACACUUAAAGUUGCAUCUUUAAUACUAAAUAAAAACUGAUCUUAAUAAAUCUGGAAUAGAAGAUGAAAUGGCUUUAAGUGAAGGAGACUGAAACUUGACCUCAUUUGAACUCAGCAACGCUCAAACCUGACAGAAAUCCACUUCAACAUGAAUGACUUAAAAAAUUAACUCAACUGAGUAAUAAAACAUAACAUUACUCAGAUCUAACUUUGCUUAAUCUUACCAACACUAAAAUCAUAUUCAAAUAAAACGUAACCAAACUAACAAUCAAUAUCCUUAAAAGUUCUGGGUACUACAGAAUGCAGCUUAGUUCUGGUGCUAUUAAUACCAAAAGGCACUGAAAAUGUGAACCAAGCAUGAAAUAACAACAUGAUGGAUUUACUGGAGGGAGUAGAGAAAUGUGACAAAUACGGUGACUCUAUGUAAUUUACAUUGAGAAAACUUCAUGGCAGCUGCAAAUUUUAUGGAACCAUAACUUUACUCAGACCUUUUAAAGUGCAAUUGUACCAAAAGAAACAACAAUGCAGAAUCUGGCAAAGUGUCCAACAAACCGGGAUCUUCUUGAAAUUGUGUUUAGUGUAACACCAUAUGGUAAAUGUUAUCAGCAUUUCUGAUAAAGAAAUUAGAUCGUGUUAUGCUGCACAAAAUAUUAUUAUUAUUAUUAUUAAUACAAAAUAAAACCAAUAGUAGUGCUGUACUGCAUUUGCCGCUUUGAAUCUCUCCAGUAACAAUUCUCAAAGAAAUCAGAGUUUGCGGAAAAACACAAGAUUAACUUUAAAAAAGCAUCACUUUUAAGACAUUCUAAAACAGGGAGCGUGAGGCUUCAGCAAGCAGGGGCGCUCAGAGACCUUUCGGCAGAUGCCGGGGGCUUCGCCCCGCGGCAGGGAGGGAACCGCAGCGGGGGAGUGAGUUCGCCCGGGGCCAACCGGAGCCGCCGUGCCGGGCCGGGCAAAGCCGAGCCCCGGGAGUGGGGAAAGGCUCGGUGGCAGCGAGGGGCUGGGCGGGGAAAGCCGAGCUGAGACCCCGCCCGGGGCUCGGGAUGACGCGGGGCCGCCCCGAACUUUCCAAAGUGCUCCGCAUAGCGGAAGGGAUUUGGGUUCUGAUCCCGCAAUCCGGGCUGGCAGCGCCGCAAGGCGCCAGAACGGUGAAAGGACCGAUCCCGGAGAAGGCUGCAGGGAACGCCGGGGAGAGGGACUGGGGCUGGGUCGGGGAGCAAAACGGCCGUAAAAUGAUGGUCUGCGGCCCCGGCCUUGAUUGAUGGAACCGGCUGCACGCCGAUGGGCCGUACUCGCUGUGUCCGGCCGGGAGCGGAGCGGCGGCGGCGGCACCCGGAGCCCGGAGAGGAGCGGCGGAGACCGGAGGCGGCUCCAGCCCAGGGUGCCAUCAGCGCCGGUGUAAAGCUGUUCCCGGGGCCGAGCUUCCAAAGGCUCUGCCGGCACUCUGGAUGUCUCGGGAGCAAUGUGCUGUUUAUUCCAAGCCGACAGACACUGGUUGUGAGCAGGAGGAGAGUGAAUCCUGCUCCUUUCGUGGGGUGGUGAAUGAGCCCCUGGAGAACAGAUCAGCAACAGGGAAUAGACACAGAAGAUUGCAGGGUGAAUGGUUCAGAUCCCAUCCCGUGGGCACGGCGGUGCUGAUUCUGCUGCUCCUGGUGCUGGUGCUGGCUUUGGGGGUGGCCUUGGCUGUGCAGUCAGCACCACAGGAUCCAGUUACACCUGAGGUUCUGCAGUGCUGUCCCCAUGGCUGGGUUGGGUACAAUGGGAUCUGCUACUACUUCUCAAGAGAUGACGGCACCUGGGAGCAGGGUCAGGAAUCUUGCUCCAAGCUUGGGGCCUCCUUGGCCAUUCUUAUGGAUGAGGCCAUGGAUUUGCUCUUCCGCCUCCGCGGGAACGGCGAUUUCUGGCUCGGGCUGCGCAGACGGGGCGAGCGCCUGCAGUGGGAGGACGGCAGCAGCUACAGCUCCCGGGUUCCUGUCCUCGGCAAUUCCCAGUGUGUGUACCUGGCUGACGGGAAAAGAUUCAGGAGUGAGUUCUGCUCCAAUGAGCGGCCGUAUGUCUGCAGCAAGGCCCAAGCUCCCCUGUAACAGGGGCUGCAGAAAGGACCUUCUCCACGCUGGGCAGUGCCAGCUUCACCUCUGAGCCCAGCACAGGGCUGCCCUUCCUCAGCUGCACCCUGUGCCUUGCACUUCCUCUCAGGGUCACCUCAGUGCCUCUUCAACCCCAGUGCCAGCGCUGGGCUGGGGCUGCAAAGGAAAAGUCUCUGCAAUCCAUCCUGCCACCGAUGCUGCCUGCAGUGAGUGCAUUGUACUU